AUGGAUGCCAAUAUUGCUUUUUCAUUAAAUGAAGAAGCCCAAGGCAACAUCCGUGCCCUCUUAAAACCAUUGAUUUGGGAAAUUAGAAAUCGAUUACCUUCGUUUCCGAUGACAAAAGAAACUCUCAAUAAAGCACCUUUUGGUAUAAUACCAGCAUUAAGGUAUAUUCUGGUUAAAUACGAAGCCUUAAUUGAGGAAAACCCACAAACACAGCCUGGUUUACUAGAACAAUCAGAGCAGACAAAUCCACCAAAUAGAAAAAGACUAAAAAAAAAGAAGGUUAAGAAGAAUAAAAAGACAAGCAAAGACAAUAAAAAGAAAAAAACACAGGCAACAUCGCCUAGUAUAAGCAAGACUUCUUUGGAACUGCACAAUUUUACCAGUGAAGAAAUAAAUAGAUAUUUUAGACCUUGUGCUGUAGACCCAAACAGAAAAGAUGCUUUUGUCUCUUAUCAUGAGAAUACAGACAUAAGGCGUUUGUCUUCAGCCGAAUACUAUGACAUGAGUGGAAAUGUAAAUCGACAAAAAAUGGAAAAAGAGCAUAAAAGAAGAUCCAAUGUAGAGACUGUUGAAACACAAAUUCCUUCAUCGAAAACCACAUUCAUAGAUCAUUAUAAAAUGUACAUCACUUAUAUGCUACAGCAUAUGGAAGUUUUGUUCGAUUUUUACAGCUUUGAAACUGCCAGAAUUUACUGGCUCAGUUAUGUCGGUUCUCAAAGAGGAAAGACGAAAAGAAAUAAGAGAAAAAGAAGAAAGACAGAGGCCAAGUAUGACAGAGACCCUCCUGAUACUCAUCCCAAUCGAGGAAAGAAUGCCACUAGAGAACACUGGGAGAAGUUUGAGGAGAGCGAUAGCCGCAAGAUGCCGUUAGUUGUAUUUGGCAAUGGUCUUAAAAACAAAAGCCAGACAUGCAAUUCCUGUCUUGAAACCAAGCUUCAAAACCUCAUAUAUGGAAAGGGAGGUGAUGCACAUAGAAUACAUCAAAUAUUCAUCUGCAAAAGUUGCUAUAUUUAUUGGAAUCGAGAUGUGUUAGCUGCAAAGAACAUGUUAACCAUUGCUACAUCAAUCUGA